CCCACCCAGCUCUCACUGAAUGCCACAGGGCACAGGAUGGAGACCUGCCUGAAAGUCCUGCUGCUCGUCGGGGUGGUCACAGCAGCCCUCACACCACCAUCAUCCCCUCUGCCAAGCCACGAGGAUGCGGUUUUAGCUGCAGUUCAGAUCUACAACCAAGAGCCAGGCACAACACUGGCCUAUCGGCUCCUGGAAGCUGAGCCGCAGCCAGAUUGGGACGUGUCUUCAAAAACUAUCCAGUCGCUGACCUUCACUGUGAAAGAGACAGUGUGCCUGGUAUCAGAGAAACGUGACCCCAACCAGUGUGAAUUCAAAGAAGACGGGCUGGUCAAAGACUGCUCUGGAUUCUUCUCCACUGAACAGGACCCCCCUUCCAUCAUUAUCAAAUGUGAGGAGGCGUCUGAGAAGCCUAAAGUCGUCACACGCUGGGGAAGUUGGGGGAGAAGCAUUGUUAGAGGUUUAUUUGGUAUCAUUGGCUAA